AGUAGUUUAUUUCAGUGCUUGUUAAUAUUAUAAUAUAAAUAAUCGGAUUUUAAGCAUGAGUAACAAACAACAGUAUGUGGUGAUGAUUGAAUGCGGAUCACAAAAACUGUACACAGUUCCACUUGAUGCUGUACAUCACUUUGAUAAAAAAAAGCAUGAUCAAUUUAAAUCAUAUAAAUUUGACCUAUUGGAUUCGGUUCUCUAUGGGACGGUGAGCUUUAUCGGAAGUUCACUAGAGGAAGUACAAGAGAUUUUAAAUAAAAAUAAAAGACUAAGUAAGCCAAAUGAAAAAUUCAUCAUUCCUGCAGUUGAAACGACUGACACAGAGAAUGAAGUUCAAAAAGAUUCAAAAAAUGAUGAACAAAAAAAAAUAAGAUUGAGAGUAGCCUAAAAAAAAGAUUUUUGAAAUUGAAAGGCAUAAAAACAGAAAAAAUUACAAAUAAUAAAGAACAACCGGAAAAAAAUAUUGUUCUUCAAACUCAGAAACGAACUUCAAAUACUUCAUUACCCGAAAAACCUCUAAAGAUUCAUAGAAAAGAACCUACAGAAAGUU